AUGUUAGGAGCAGUGCUCCUUAUUUUCCUUUUCCAGCUAGACAGCCUUUUCGUGGCCCAACGCCCUUUGGCUUCCCCAUCAUGCCAGCUGCAUCCAGAUUUCCCAUUGGCUGUUUCCACUGCGGAAAACCCAAUCACCAAAGAAAAGAAUGCCCGGAGCUUAAGUCCGCUAAAUAGAGAGGCUAAACAGUCUAAAGAAUCAUCUUUGAUAAAAGAUAAGUAUUAUGAUGGAAAAAGUUGUGUUGAUGAGUUUAACGAAUGCUAUGAGUAUAAAGAAGGUGGCAAAGUCUCUGUUAGAGGGCGAUUAAAAUCAAAUAUUGAAUUUUGGAAAUGCAUUGAUGCUUGUCAUUAUAUCAUAGAUACUAUUCAGGAUGGUUAUAAAAUACCUUUUUAUUCUUUACCACAGCAGAGCUUUUCGCAUAAUAAUAAAUCUGCUUUACAGGAAGAUGUUUUCGUACAGGGAGCAAUAAUGGAGCUAUUAGAAAACGGUUUGAUAUCCGAACAAAAUACAGAGUUUUUGGUUACUAAUCCUCUUUCUGUUUCAGUGAACUCCAGUGGGAAAAGAAGGCUUAUAUUAGAUUUAAGGGAAGUUAAUAAGCAUGUAUGGAAACAGUCUGUGAAAUAUGACGAUAUAAGAACCGCUCUUAUGUAUACAAAUAAAAAUAGUUGGUGUUUUAAAUUUGACAUCACAAGUGCAUAUCACCAUGUAGAUAUUUUUCCUGACCAUAGAAAAUAUUUAGGAUUUUCAUGGAAAUUUGGUGUUCAAGAUCGAUAUUUCUGUUUUAAUGUUUUGCCAUUUGGUCUCACAUCUGCGCCAUAUAUUUUUACUAAACUCACACGAUCCUUAGUUAAGAAAUGGCGUAGAGAAGGUAAAACUGUACUUAUGUAUUUAGAUGAUGGGUUUGGCUGCCAUAGUAAGUAUGACGAAGCAUGCAAAAUAUCCAAAGAGGUACAGUAUGAUUUAGUUUGUUCAGGUUUUGUGCCUAAAGUGGAAAAGUCCAUGUGGACCCCUUGUCAAGUUAUCGAGUAUCUUGGUGUUGUUUUGGAUUGUAAUAUGGGGAAAAUUUACAUUCCUGAAAAGCGUGUAUUUAAGAUUCAAAAAACAAUUUUCAAAAUUGAGCAUUUUAUGAACCAGAAUUGCAGAAUAAAGGUAAGACGACUAGCAAGUUUAGUUGGACAAAUCAUAUCUAUGUCUGUUGUUAUCGGAAGUGUAGCCCAGUUAAUGACCAAAUGUCUUAGUAUUGACAUUGUGUCUGCUCCAACAUGGAAUAGCAUGAUUUUAAUUUCUGAGGAAAGUAAAAAACAGAUAAGUUUCUGGAAAUCGUCUUUAGAUAUGUUGAAUAGAAGGGAUAUGAAAGUUAAACCAAGUUCUAAUCUGGUAGUGUACACAGAUGCAAGUGAUACUGGUUAUGGCGGUUAUUGCGUACGGACAGGUAAAAAUGUUUCUCAUGGUUUAUGGGAAGAAUCUGAGAGAAUUAUGAGUUCCACAUGGAGAGAAUUGGCCGCGGUGGAUAGAGUUCUUCGGUCAUUUGUACAAUUUCUCAAAGGUGAGAAUAUAAAAUGGUUUACAGACAACGCAAAUGUUGUUUCCAUUGUUCAAAAAGGGAGUAUGAAAAAUAACUUACAAGAUCUUGCAAUGAACAUUUUUCAAAUUUGUUUAGAAUAUAAGAUUGGUAUUGAAAUUGAAUGGAUACCAAGAGAACUCAAUGAGCAAGCAGAUUAUUUGAGCAGAAUUGUCGACUUUGAUGAUUGGGGUAUCGUGAAAACUGUUUUUGAUGACCUAUCACGGGAAUGGGGUCCGUAUGAUAUUGAUUUAUUUGCUUGUGAUUACAAUGCAAAGGUAGAUAAAUUUUGUUCCAGGUAUUGGAAUCCUUUUACGUAUGCAGUUGAUGCAUUUACUAUUAAUUGGACAGGUUUGAAUGCAUGGAUCGUACCGCCAUUUUAUCUUAUUCCAAGAGUUUUGGAGAAUUUGAACGAAUGCAAAGGAUAUGGAACAUUAGUAGCUCCGCUAUGGGAAUCAUCAGCCUUUUGGCCAAUUUUAAUUUCUGAAGUUUACAGGUCACAUAUUGUAGAUUGGAAGGAUUUUCCAGUAGCAAAGGAGUUUUACACACGUGGUAAACUCGGAUCUGGUAUUUUUGGUAAAGAAGAUUUAAAGUUUAGAAUGCUUGCAUUUGUUUUUGAUUUCAGAGUUUGAUUUCAAAAUUGUUUUUUGGCAGUUUUAAAUUCUUCAAAAUAAACAAAUUUAUUGAUUAAUUGGGAAUUAUUUCCCAUAAACUUGUAUGAGAAAUAUCAGGCAAUUUGCGCUAUGUUGUAAUAGAGAUAAAUAUUUUAUCACUAUGGAUUUACUGAAGUUUCUUUCACCACAUUUGUGGUUUGCCAUUUGGCAAGUUUGGUUUUUUAUCAAACUGAUAUCUUCAUGCAUUUCUGAAGAAAAUGUGCUGAAUAUCUUAAUUAAGCUGAUAUGUAGAUAUAAGUAUAUGUAUUUUUAUACAUAUCCGGUAGAUAAUUUCAAAGCGAAAAAAUAUUUAUUGGUGUUCCUUUACAAAUUUGUUUUUUCAGGUAUUUGAAAGAGAUUUGAUUCAGUUGCCUUCAAAGUUGCGUGAAAAGGUGUAUGCACUUCCUGGGAUUAUGCAAGCGUCACGAGCGGAUUCAACUAUAAACAAAUAUUGUAACAGUUUCCUGAGAUUUAAGAAGUGGGCAAAAGAACAAGGAAUCGAGGAAAGUGAAUUAUUUCCUUCAAAACCUUUACAUGUAUCUAUUUAUUUAGCAUGCUUGGUUCAACGGGCAAACUCUCCAUCCCCUAUCGUUGACGCAUUCUAUGGAAUCAAAUGGGCUCAUGAUCUUGUGGGAUUCAAUUCUCCGACUGACAAUCAGUUUGUUAAAAACAUUAUGGAAGGUGGGAAACGUAUAGUGGCAAAACCUGUUCAAAAGAAAGAACCAAUAACUGUUGAAAAUUUACGUUCUGGGAUUCAAGACGAUUCAGAGGAAUAUGUAUUUUGUGCUAUUUCGAAAUCGGGAAGUGGUUACCGGUUGCGUAAUCGUGAAAAGCCUCUGUCUUACACCAGGGUUCGUGAAUUAUUCAUCGAAGCAUUUACAGGAAUUGUAGAUAACAUCAAAGUUUAUGGACUUCACAGUUUGCGGUCAGGUGGAGCGACUGCGUCGGCAGUGAGGGGAAUUCCGGACAGGAUAUUCAAGAGACAUGGACGUUGGCGUUCGGAAUCUGCUAAGGAUGGAUAUGUCCAGGAUCCGCUUAGUGAACGUUUAAGUGUUUCCAAAGAACUUGGUUUAUAAUAGUUGUAAUCAUGUUGUUUAUUGAUUAUA